AUGACCGUCUACAUAGCCUACAGCGGCCAGGAGGAUGUUCAUAAGAACAAAUUAUACUUAUCCCAAUUCUCGCCGCUUUUUGCUUCAAGAAUGGCAUCAUUCCCGGCAAUUUGUGUUGGGUCAUAUAGACGACGUCGAAAAUGA